AUUGUUGCGAGCAAACGCCAAACAAGUUUAGCCUUGGUGAAAGCCCAGAGGCUGGAGCGGGAGUCUGUCUGACCACGACAACGGGGUCCAGCUGAUAGCUGCCAGGGUCAGCCUCAGCACCAGCCCUCCCCCCACCAUCUGGCACGCACAGAGGGGCAUGAUAUUAGGGACCAUGUAAAAUGAGUCUGUUCGUCUCCGCAGACCGGCAAUGAUGUGGAGACAAAGCCACAAAUGAUCUGGAAUGUGGCUUUACCAGCUAAAGGACCCACGUUGGAUUUCAACAACCUUCAGGAGAUGGUAGAACUUUGUAUGUGCCUUUCCUGAAUGGUUCUGAAGAAAAGCCAAGGAAAAGGAAGAGAUGAUGUCCCUGAUUAUUUGACCAGACCACAAGCCCAUCCUGAAGAUGUAUUCUACAAACCCAGGCAGCUGGGUCACCUUCGACGAUGACGCUGCUUUUCAGUCUUCUCAGAAGAGAAAGGAUGUUUCUCUGGACACUCCAGGUGUUUGCAGACCAAAUGGGCUGAAACUGAACCUUCCUGGCCUCGGGGAUCCCCCCAGUGCUCCCUGCUCCACCAGCAGCACCCCCCUGUCCUCUCCCAUGGUGGACUUUUACUUCAGUCCAGGGCCCCCAAGCAACUCCCCUCUUUCUACUCCCACCAAAGACUUCCCGGGGUUCCCUGGCAUCCCUAAAGCAGGGACACACGUGCUUUACCCUAUUCCAGAAUGUUCGUCAAGCUGUCCCCCGACAACAGCGGGAGGAGCAGGUCCCCCGUCAUCACUUACUAAGCCAACCUGCUCACCCAGCGUCCACUCGCACACGCAGCUGACUCCCACACUCGGUCUUACCGAAGACGCCAGCCCUCAGCGGGCCCCAAGCGAGGCUCGGCCGUUCGAGUAUUUUCAGGAUGACUGUGCUUUUUCCAACCCAUUUUGGAAGGAUGAAGGCGGCGCUUCUCGGUUCCCCCUUGACUCCAGAAAGCCGUUCUCGCCAAAGGACAAGGAGGUACCUAUUGAUCAGAAAAGCCUAAACCAGUGCUCACUGCACUACAUCUGUGAGAAGCUUGAACACCUGCAGUCAGCUGAGACCCAAGGACCUCUGGGAAAUAUGUCUAUGCAGAAUCCGUAUGCUGGAGACACAGUCUCUUUUGUCCCACACACCCUCUUCCGGAGUCAGCCCAAAGAUGGAUGGUCCUUCAUGUUGAGGAUUCCCGAGAAGAAGAACAUGAUGUCUUCCCGACAAUGGGGACCCAUUUUCCUAAAGGUUCUUCCUGGAGGGAUUCUGCAGAUGUAUUAUGAAAGGGGGCUAGAAAAACCAUUCAAAGAGUUCCAGCUUGAUCCUCACUGCAGACUUUCUGAACCCAAACUCGAGAACUUCAGUAUGGCAGGGAAAAUCCACACUGUGAAGGUGGAACACGUGACUUACUCAGAGAAAAGGAAAUACCAUUCCAAGACGGAGGUGGUUCACGAGCCCGAAGCAGAGCAGAUGCUGAAGCUGGGGUCCACGGAACACCGUGACUUCCUCGAGUUUCUGACUACCGUGGAAGAGGAGCUCAUAAAGCUGCCAGCUACUGCAAAACCGAAGAACAAAAACUACGAGGAACAAGAAAUCUGUCUGGACAUUCUGGACAGCUUCUGGGGUAAAGUAACCAAAGAAGAGGGGACGCUGGUGGAGAGUGCUGUGCUAACUCAGAUCUGUUGCCUCUGCUUCCUAAACGGGCCAGCGGAAUGUUUCUUGGCCUUAAAUGACCUUGAGCUCCAGAAACGGGAUGAAUGCUAUUUUGAGAAAGAACCGGAAAAAAGGGGGAUUGAUAUUCUUAACUACCAUUUCCACACGUGUGUGAAAGUUGAAGAAUUUGAACAGUCCAGAAUCAUUAAGUUCGUACCUCUGGAUGCUUGCCGGUUUGAGCUGAUGCGUUUCAAAACCUCAUACGAAGGGGAUGAGCUUCCGUUUGCGGUGAAGUCCACGGUAACUGUCCAGGGAGCUUAUGUGGAGCUGCAGGCCUUUGUCAACAUGACCCCAGCAACUCAGAGGUCACCCCAUGCAGCUUCCUUGAGCUGUAACAACAUCAUGAUUCAUUUUCCAGUCCCAGCCCAGUGGAUCAAGGCCCUCUGGACCAGGAACCUUCAGAGGCAGAAGUCCUUGAAAGCCAAAAUGAACCGUCGGGCAUGUCUAGGGAGCUUACAGGAGCCGGAAUCUGAACCUGUCAUUCAGGUCACUGUGGGGUCAGCAAAAUACGAGAGUGCCUACCGGGCUGUGGUGUGGAAGAUAGAUCGACUUCCGGACAAAAACUCAAGUCCUGAUCAGCCCCAUUGUCUGUCAUAUAAACUAGAGCUUGGAUCAGACCAGGAGGUGCCCUCAGACUGGCAUCCGUUUGCUACUGUCCAGUUUUCCAUGUCUGAAGCCUGUGCCUCCAGGACAGAGGUGAGGUCUCUGGGCGUGGAGAGCGAUACCCAGCCGCAGAAGCACGUGCGUCAGCGAGCUUACUACAACAUCCAGGUUGAAAUAGAAAAGAAGUGGAUUCAAGUAGAUGGAGAAGACCCAGAUAAAACUGGCGGCUGUGUGACUCAGUAAACACAGAACCUUCACACAGGGCAGGAAGUUCUGCUGCUCUUUGGUGCAACUGAGUAACAGCCUGAGGUCAGAGGUCCGGUGGCAAGUCCCAGAGCAGGCCACCUGCACGCUACGUUUGUGACGCGCAGAACGUGUCCAUGACUUGUACCAGUUAUAUCUUGUUGAAACUUGGAGGUGUUUCUGUCUGACGUGAGACCUGCCGGCUGGUUUGGCUGAGGGUACUUGGGUACUCAGUGACUUUGUUUUAUAAUCUGAGUUAUGCGAUUCCACAUCUCUUCUUGCUUUCUGUGUGGAACGGUUCAAAAGGAUGAGAAGAGUUAGGAGAUAUGACUUUGUUGGAGGAAGUGUGUCGCUAGGGGUGGGCUUUGAGGUUGUAGAAGCCCAAGACAGCCCCCUCUCUCUUUCUCUCUCUCCCGCCCCCGCCCUUCAGAUCAGGAUGUAGCUCUCAGUUACUGCUCCAGUAUCAUGCGUGCUGUGAAGCUCUUCCCAUACCCCUACCAUGAUGAUAAAGUACUAGCCCUCUGAACAUGUAAGCAAGCCAGCAAGCAGCAUCCUCCAUGCCUCUGCAUCAGCUCCUGCCUCCAGGUUCUUGCCCUGUUGGAGAUCCUGUCCUGACUUCCUUUGAUGAUGAGCAGUGAUGUGGAGGUGUAAGUCUCUCCUCCCCAGCUUAUGUUUGUCACGGUGUCUCAUCACAGCAAUAGUAUCCCUUACCAGGACUGUUCGCUGAGAGUGUUUUCACCAGAAGAUGUGCAAAGUGAAAGAAAGUGUAUAAUUCUAGCUACGCUUCUACAAGGAGACAGUUCAACUGCAGAGGCAGAGAAAUGGCCACCAGUGCGGUGUCUAGCGAGGUGCUCGCAGCCUGAGCAGCCCUUAACUCCCCCUGCUGUUACUUUUACUACUCACCAGGAUAAGUCAGAAUCCUAAACUUUAUGAAAUUGGUGUUUUGAGUAUUUUUUUUUUGUUUGAUAAAGAGUCCGUCAUGUUGUGUUAAUGUGCAUUUGAUUCAUGCUGAGCCUUAUCUUGAUACAAGGCUUUCUUCCCUAUACACUAGGUUUGUUCUGAGUCAAAAAGUUAUACUCAGCUGUUCCAAACCACACUUGCUUGUUGGCCUACAGAAUUUAUUUUGUGCAUUUAUAUUUUGUUACAUUCAUUGUCAUCUAUUCAGAUAGAGUCAAACAAACGAUCGCAAUGGUUUGUACAAUCAGACUUUAGUGCUCUCAUUAUGUUAUAGCACAGGCACAGAAGUCAGAAGGCAGUGAUACGAAUGGGUUGUGUUGCUCUAUUUUAACUGUGUGAUACGUCCCUCAUGACAUUUGCCUGAAGCUCGUUGUUGAUGCGUAGCACACAUAUAUACGUCAGUGUGUAUUUGAUAAAAUACCCACUAUCAUUCCUUAUGUUCUGAAGCAGGCACAGUUCACUUUAGUCUGCUUGGAACAAACAUGGGCACUGCUGGGGAGUUAUGCUGGGAAAUCCCAGGGAAGUUAGCUGGGUUAAUCACACCUUCUGGUGGAUGUAGAUGAACUCAUCAUAUCACAAGAGAAAACCAGCAGAAGGUACGGUCCAAGACAUUAUUCUUCCUGCCCCAAGGGUUGGCUAAUAUGUGUGGUUCACACUGCUGAGGUCUUUAAUAAGUCACAGUCAACCAGACUUUGAGGGCUUUGAGCUUCAGAAUUAAGGCCGGAGGAACAGCAGAUGGACACAAGCUCACACUGAGUCUCUGGAGCAAUGUUGAUAACAUUAACAGCGGGUUACAACUGCAUACUUGUUAAUUUGUACAUCUGUCGGGACCUCAGAUAUCCAUUUCUUAGUGUUAAGUCAACAUUAGGGACGAGAGGCUUUUAAAUACCUCUCAUCCUUCUGACUUUAGACAUGGCAGGAAGUCAAAUGUGACUUCCAAGCCCUGCAUGAAAAUUUACUGGAACAGUGUAAGAAGUAGACUCUCUUCCCAGAAGCCAGCUGUGUUCUUCAAAAUCCCUGCUUUUAAAUGAGUCCAGAAGGGAAUUCAAGAAGAAACACUUCUUUUAAACAAUUUAAUUUGGGUAACUUCUUUAUUUGUGUGACCACUUUGGAGUCUGUAGCCAACUAAGGACAUCAACGAGUUUAAAACCUGUCUUUCUGCUUUCACUGCCCUGGUCCAGUCAUUUGGGCAGCACCCUUAACUGUGCUAAUGAGAACAUGGGUUGAGAGUUACAUGAUCAGUUAUGUAGGGCUGAGCAUAAGAUCACUUUCCAUGUCUGUGGAAUGGUCGUUUAUCAAUUACAAAAGAUAAUGAAAGUCAAGCUUGCCAGUUAGCCUUUAGGUCUGGUCUGUGUAUCAGAGAACUGCAGUUGCCUUUCAUUCAGGAGCUAUGUUUAUGUUCUAUCCCAUUUCCUACAACUUCAGUUAGACAGUUUUCCUUAACAAUGGCUGUUACAAUGUUUUCUUAACAAUGGCUGUUACAAUGUUUUACUCAGAAUUUGACUUCCUGACCUAUUGUUACAAACACAGAACAGACUGAACUUGAUAAUCAUGUAACAAAGUAUUUUGUAGAUUACAUAUUGAUUUUACAAAAUUAAAGAUGUAUUUCAAAUGGU